AUGCGAGGGGCGACCAGUACAAUGUUUAAUGAUCAUUUACAUCAUGUUACAUUAAAAAUUUGGUAUAAAACAGGUUCAAUAUUUGAAGAAACAUUUCCAUUAGAAAAAACGACAUUUGCUGAUGUGAAAUAUUCAGCUGUUAGACAAUUUUUAAUAAAUAAUAAUACUAAUAAUAAUAAUAAUUUAUCGAAUUAUCGUCGAUCAUCAUUCAAUACGAUUGCAACUAGUCGACAUAAUUCAUCAAUCGAUGAAGUUGAUAAUUAUAAUUUAAUAUCAAUUUCAUCAAAACGAAUGGUUGAUGAAGAAAAAACUUUAGGACAACACAAAGUUAAAGAUGGAGAUGAGUAUCUCUUGGCAAUGAAACGUAUAAUUCAAAGUCCAAAAUCUGAACAAAAUUCAACUCCUUGCCCUAUUGAUGCGACAUUGAUUGAAAACCGAACACAAGAUCUUCCACAAUCUUCACGUUUAUUCAAUCGAGAUUAUCGUUCUACUGCUCGAACUGAAUUUCGUACUGAUCUAAAUCGUAUUUUAAUUACUCUGAUUGAAACUUCACAAAAAUUACUAUGGUAUCAUCCUGAUGCUGAAAAUAUUUUUAAACAAGCUGAAGAAUUUCUUUUACGAUCAUCAUCAGAUGAAUCAAAUAAUCCAACAACAAUGUCUAUGAAUGCUGAUGACAUAGAAACACGUCGUCAUCAAAUAAGUAAAUUAAUUGAUAUGGGUUUUACUGAACAACAGGCACGAAUUGGACUUAAACGAACAAGAUAUGAUCUUCAUGCUGCUAUGGAGUUACUUCUUACGCAACCGGAUAUUGGUGGUGAUGAUGAUGAUGAAAGUGAUCAUGAAAAUGAAUCCAACCAUAAUAAUAAUAAGCCAGAAACUGUAAGAACACCAUUAUUUUCACGUAAUGGUUCUUUUGUAUCAGUUCGAAAAUUUCGACAACAACGUUUUCAACCUAAUGCAAAAGCAAUUCAAUCAUUAGAAGAAAUUGGUUUUGCACAUGAUGAUAUUAUUACUGCAUUACGAAUGUUUAAUAACGAUAAAAAUUUAGCUUGUGAAUAUCUUCUUAGUGACAAACAGCAACAACAAAAUAUGAAUGAUGCUGAAACUGAACAAGGUCUUGAUCCGAACUCAAGUAUAUUUCAAUCAAUUAUGCAAAAUCCUAUUGUUCAAAAAACAUUGAAUAGUCCAAAAACUUUUUUUAUUAUGUUACAAAUAGCAGAAAAUCCAACAUCAAUAACUAAUUAUUUGAAUGAUCCAGAAAUUGGAAAUAUGCUCUUACAAAUAAGUCGUAUUUAUCAUGCAGAAAAAGAAAAUAUGAAUACAUCAGUGAGUAAUUCACAUGAUAGUGAUCAUCAAGAAGAACGUUCAUCGAGAACGGUUGGAAGUGUAAGUGGAGAUUUUGAUGAUGACAGUGAUUAA